AUGGGUGGGUUGGUGGGGCUGCGUGGCCCGGGCGCUGCCCCAGGUGCCCUUGAUGAGCUCGCGCGGCUCGCGGCUGCAGUCGGCGCGGGGCUCGCCGCCGGCCGGGACAUUAACGGGGCCGCGCCGCGCCUCCGCGCAGCCGGAAUGGCCCGGGCGGGCACGGAGGAGGAGCAGGAGGAGGAGCGGGCGCCCGACGGGCUGGUGUGCAAGAACAAGAAGGAAGACUCAUCACAGAAUACUGAGCACUUUGUGGUGGAUGCUGAUCCUAUUGAGGAGCAUGGUACAAGGAGUAAUGUACUACCCACACCCCAAAGUGGACCUGUAAGAGAAGUUAGGGAUACCGUGGGAACAGAAGAAGGGAUAAGCCCUGUGGAGGAGAAGGAAAAUAGAAGUUACUGCAUAGUGGAGGCAACUGCGUCAGCUUCUCAAGACUCAGCAGCCCUUGACUGCCAGCUUACUGCAGUGUGUAGGCAACUACCAGAUUUCCUCAGUGAUGGGAACGCUGUGCCUCCACCUCCUGUGGAUGAAUUUGCUCAGGAUCCCACGGAGCAGUCAGGGUCAUGUGACCAUUGUCACAGUUAUUACUCUGAUGGGAUUGAAAUGGAGACUAAGAAGAAAAAAAACACUAGCAAAAGUGAAUUGUGUCCUGAGAAGACAUCUAGUGUCAUGCCUGGAGAACUCUGCAGGCCAGCACGGUUACAGGAUGUGCGUGACCUGGUUACCCGCCGAUCAUCCAAGAGCACUUCAGCCAACUCUGCAUCUCAGGAGCUGUACAAGGUAUCUUCAGUUCUGGAACCUGGAAAUAGCCACGAUGGGACAAAAGAGAAGAAAGAGUUUCUUGAGAAUCCAGAAAUUCUGCUGCCUGUCAGGAAGAAGUCACGGACCUUCUAUAGUGCAGAGCAACUAGAAGAGUUGGAGAAGAUGUUCCAGGAAGACCACUACCCCGACAAUGAGAAGAGAAGGGAGAUUGCAGCUGUCGUCGGUGUGACACCACAGCGUAUCAUGGUCUGGUUUCAGAAUCGCAGGGCAAAGUGGCGAAAAACAGAGAAGUUGAGUGUGAAAGGAAAUAAAAAACACUCAGCAUCAGCAGCUCUAUCAGCCCCUUUGGUAUCAGACAGUUACAGGGCUCCUCUUCUGCCUGUGCAUCCACUGCCUGAUGUUGCUCAGGACCCAUUUGCCGCAGUGAGUGUUGAGACUGCAGUUGGAAACUACUCCAGCCUGCUCAGUGGACACCUAGGACCCUUUGUCUCCUCCUCAGCCUCUUCAGUGACGGGAAUGGUGUCACCUUGUGAAGCAGCUCAGACAAAGCAGCUGUCUCAAGGCAACUUUGCUUCUAGCAGAAUGGAGUGCUUCCCAAGCCUUCCCAGCCCUCCACCCAUCCGCAGGGCCAACCUUCCUCUCAGCCUGGCCUUCAGCCCCCACAGUCAUAUUGUCCCCUUGAUGCUGGACACUCCCAGCAGUAAAUGCAGCUUCUCCAGUCGGGAAAAUGGCUCCAUGGACACCUUCACGUACAGCUUUCAGAAUCAAUGUGCAAGCCCCCCAGCUUCCUGCGGUUACCCUGAACAGCUGGAGUCUGCAGCCAACCUGGAGGCCUCCUACUGCCAGUGCAGCGGUCAGGGGGGAGCCUGCCAGUUGGCCCAAUAUCCUCAGCAGCAGCAGCAGCAGCUCUCCCUCUUGCACCGUCUGCCUGCUCAGCUGCCCAGCAACGAGCUCUCCAGCAUCCACCCCACACCUACAGCAUCCAGGGAGUGUAGUGCACCUUUCUUCACCCUCGAUGGAAAUGGUGGGAUCAUAACCUAUGGGGCAGCAGGUGCCACACAAGGCUAUGUACAAGACCAUGUGGGAGGACAGAUGUUGUUACAGCAGCCAAGUGGAAGCUCAGGUACCAGUGCCUAUCAGCCUGUCCCCUGGAAUGACUUAUACAUGCAGGGAGCUCCCUUCUCCAGUCAGCUGGGCUCACGAAUGACAAGUUCUAGCAUGGCAGGAGGCCACUACUUCACGGAGCAGAUCUCCUACACUCAGCCCAGCCUGCCCUCCUCUCCGUAUUUCCUUCAAGUGCCCAACGGAACAGCAGUAGGAUCCCUGCUGCAGAGUGGAAAACCCAAGGCAUUGGCAACGCCAGACCAGAGAGCAGAGCCGGAGCUGACAUCACUUGCCAAUGAAGAAGUAGAGAGCAGCAGCAACAGCAACAAAGCAGAGAGCGUUGUUGAUGUUAAAGAAGAAACGAAUGACUGAUGCUAUGCUCUAAGAAAAAAAAAAGAAAGAAAAUAUUACCAUUUUAGACUCUGCA